GCAGAGAGAAAGAUGGCGCCCACGCACGUACUGAGAUGCUGUCAACGGGGUUUAGCGUGGAUACCUGUGAUCUUUAUCGCCCUGGUCGUCUGCUGGUCCUACUACGCGUAUGUGGUGGAGCUGUGUGUAUUCACCAUUCCAAGUAUAGCAGAGCAGAUUGCAUACCUGAUCUUCUUCCACCUCUCCUUCGUCAUGUUUGUUUGGUCUUACUGGAAGACCAUCUUCACCAGGCCUGCCAACCCCUCCAAAGAGUUUUGCCUGGCCAAGGCUGAGAAGGAGCGUUAUGAGAAGGAGGAGAGGCCGGAGUCCCAGCAGGAGAUCCUGUGGAGAGCUGCCACCAACUUGCCUCUGUACACCCGUACCGGUGCCGGAGCAAUCCGAUACUGUGAUCGGUGUCAAGUCAUCAAGCCGGACCGGUGUCAUCAUUGCUCCGCAUGUGACAUGUGUGUGCUGAAGAUGGACCACCACUGUCCCUGGGUGAACAACUGUGUCGGUUUCUCCAACUACAAGUUCUUCAUCCUUUUCCUGGCCUACUCGCUGGUGUACUGUUUGUUCAUUUCAUCCACGGUUCUGCAGUAUUUCAUAAAGUUCUGGACACUUUGCCGAAGGAAAUCAGCAGAGAACUGCCCAAAGAACGAGCUGCCAGACACUCACGCCAAAUUCCACGUCUUGUUUCUUUUUUUCGUGGCGGCCAUGUUCUGCAUCAGUAUUUUAUCCCUCUUCAGCUACCACCUGUGGCUUGUAGGGAAGAACAGGUCCACUAUAGAGGCCUUCAGAGCACCAGUCUUCAGAACCGGCUCCGAUAAGAAUGGCUUCUCUCUGGGUUUCCGGAAGAAUAUCACUCAGGUGUUUGGAGACCAAAAGAAGUACUGGUUGCUGCCCAUCUUCACCAGUCAAGGAGAUGGUCUCACGUUCCCCACCCGGCUGGUCACCGCUGAUGCAGAGCAGGCCACAGUCACGCUGCACCAAGAACCCUAUAAAAGCACGGGUGAGGUCCCCGUGAGCCCGCUCAGCGAGUCCCAGAAUCGACUUUUGAGCAACGAGCAGCAUGCAAACAACACCGCAGACCACAUUGCUGAUAACACCCUCAAAUCAGCUGAAAGUGAAACUGUUACAAUCUCCAUGGAGAGCGAGUCCUAACCAGGAGAAAUGCCUCACUCAUCUAAUACAAUUGCCUUAAAUGACGCAUUUUGUUUCAUCACCUCAGCAACAGUUCCCUGUGCGACCACAUCCCCACAGACCUGCUCACAGUAGCUAUGGAAAUCAUGUGGAAGUCUACUGGCAUCAUGGCACAGUAAUGUUUUGGUUUCCUUUCCCUGCAUUUUUGCAUGCAGAGUCAUAAGCACAUCUCUCACUUUAACCCAUAACAAAUGUAAAACAUGCUCUCCCCUACACACAAGCACACACACACACACACACACAGCUAUAUACAUAUUUGCCUGUCCUGCAUUUUCUUCUCACAAGUGGAGUGUUUGAUAAUGAAGAACAUUUGAAAGUUCUGGAGGGACUCGAGAGAUACACUCUGGGUUUUAAUGAGACAACUUUUAGUGCCAACCUCCUCCUGGGUGCACCAUGACUUAUUUUGCAGGAAAAAAAAAAAAAAAGCUGCAGUGAGGCAUGGGGGCGAUAAACUGAUGCAGAGCAGUGGGUUUCUUUUCAAAUUUUUUAAAGUGGCAGCACAUGCAGUGGCGAUGGAUUUCCCCAUGUGACCUUUCUGUGUGUCUUAUUUUGAACCGAUAAUGUUGCAACAUCUAUGGUUUGCACCACUUGAGAUGGAUGUUUACCACCAAAGUCCUGGACUGUCUUCUGGAGGACUCAGCCGCGUGGUUCAGUGGACUGUACCACCGCUGUAGUUUUUUUUUGGGUGGCGAUUUGGAUAUCAGAGCACAAGAUGGCGCAUUUGCACUUUGUUUAUUUAGUUGUUUUUUUUAUUUUAUUUUUUACUUUCUCUCUCAACUUUUUUUUUAUAUAAUCAAAGGCAGACAGUGAUUUCUAGUGUAUUUUGUGUGCGUUUUGUAUUUGUGUGAGAGAGACAAAAAUGUGUGCAACAAGUCAAGAGGGAAUCAUUUAUUUUUCUUUUUUUUAAACACAAAAGAAGCAACUAAAACGUAAAAGACUAAAAAAAACAAAAACAGCUUUACGUGUCUUUGUGGCCAACUGGUUUUAACACAUGCUGCUUAGGAAUGGACAGUUAAACCCGGGAGAUACUUCACACGGUGCAAUGUUCAGUGUCCUCCUCUACCUGUUCUUUUAGAGUCGGAUGAGUGAUGUCCACUGCCCAUUUUUAUAAAGCUCAAUGCUUCAGCCUUCACCGAGAUACCAACACUAGUUGCCAAAAAAAAAGGGCUGUUAUGUAUCAGGAGCUUUGACAUCUGAAGCUGAAGUGUAUGCAGCAUCGUAGCUUUAUCGUAAACUCACUGGCUAGUAUCAUCAACCAAACUGUGUUCAGCAGUGGCAGGAUUGGUGCAGGAUUUCUUUUGUUGUUUUUUUUUUAUUCAUUUAUUUUAAUUUUUUUUGAAUAUCUGGCCUUACCUGCUGCGGGCUAUGAUGUCUUCGCAAUACCAGUGAUGUACCGGCAGGUGGCGACAACACUCGCGUUAUCAGUUUCCACUCUGCUGAAGCGUGAAAGCGCUCACUUCACUUUCAGGCUCAUUUAAAGGUGCAGAUUUCUCCUCUAUUAAUUAAGAUGUUUUCUGAAGAUGUCCUUAUUGUGCAUUACUUAUAUGUAAUAACUCAUCUAGGGGUUAAUCUCAAUAAUUUUGAGGCCUCAACCACUUUCUGCUUCUCUCAUGUUUGUGUUAUCCUGAACCAUCUCAGUGUUGUGAAUUGUAGAAAGAGCCUGACCUUGCGUAGAAGUUUGUCGAUGAAUUGUCUUGUCGGUGUAGAGCAUCUCAUAUGUGAUCCAGACUUCGUAAAGGAGGACUUUCACAAGUUUUCAGUGCUAAACCAAACUAUAGUUGUGAGUUUCAUCCUUUUUGCAGGAAUGUGGGGGGUUUCUUUCCUCCUUUCUCUGAAGCUUCUUGUUUUUCCAGUGAAAGUUGACACAUGCAGUUACUGAUGUCACAAGCCGAACUGUUGCUGGAAACCCCUCCCAGCAGACUGAGGUACAUGUUUACAGCUGUUUUCUAUUGUGUAGCGUAAGCCGGUGUAGUCGAGUGUUGCUUGGAAGUCGUGUGUCCCAGCGGUCCUGAACGCACCACAGGCAGGACUGUGAAGGUAUUUAAAUGGAGAAAAAAGAAUAAUAAAAAAAAAGAAGAAGCGGUGUUUAAAAUAAAAUAAAACAAAAACAGCCUACUCUUUGUACUUUACAUUUUUACCUUUUCCGAGUGUUUAUAUUUAUGCUUUCCAAACCAGUGAGCGGAGGGCAUUCGUUACUGUAUUAUCACACUGUGGUUGGAUCUCAGAGUAACAGAUUAAAAAACACUGUUGGAGAUCUCGGUCUCAAGCCAAGAUUACUUUCUGAUCGUAUUUUCAUCUCUUUCUUCACCGCGCACUAACACAUUUAGUGAUCUAAAAGGAAGAUAUUUUUGUAUUGCGUGUGGAGGACCCCCCCCCUUGACCCCUCGUCUUGUUUUACAGUCGCCUGAACUCACCUGAUACGGUUUGCGUGUGUUUUGAAACGCUUCGGUAAAUCUUUUUGUAAUAUUGUUGUAUUUGGAGGAAUCCUGUGCGGUCAUGAGGUUUUUACACGUCUGUGAACAUGCAAAACUGUUGGACUCUGGCUUAAAAGCAUGGCGCCUAACUAAUGUAAAAAAAAAAUGUGUGUAACCAUGAUAAUGGAGGUUGUGAUGUUAUAACAGAUGCUUUUGUUUUUGUACUGUUUUUUUUAUUUCUUCUUUUUAUUUCAUCUAUAGCAAGGUAUGUCUUCUUUCCAAUUAGCUUUACUGUCAACUGUAUACAUUUAAUAAAUGAAGCCAUAAAGACUCCUGUAAAAACGGAUGGAGGAUCUGAAAAUCUCAGUCUAAUUUCACUUUUUUUUUUUUUUUUUUAAUACAAAUAUAUUGUGACUGAUGACUUGCUACACCUGUGUUUGCAGUGCAGGUUGUAGCCAGUUAUAACUUAUUGCUACUUUUUGAUUUCUUUUUGUUACAGACUUAUUUUACAACGUCUCUCUGUGCGUGUAUAUACAGUAUAUUGAUGAUGUAAGAAAAAGACAACAUAUCUAUUUUUCUUGUAUGAUUAAUUUUAAUGUUCCUAUUUUGUGAAUGAAGUAAUGCUUCUAUACAAUUAAUGGGAAAAUAACAAUAAAAUUUGUUUUUAACCA